CAGUGGUCGCCGAGCGGAUUGGGGACGGACGGACGGACGGUGCGCUUCCGGAAGUGGCUGCGGCUUCACCAUGCUUGCUGAGCUCGGUUUAAUCGGAACCAUCGGCGAGGAUGACGAGGUGCCGGUGGAGCCCGAGUCCGACUCCGGAGACGAGGAGGAGGAGGGGCCCAUUGUGCUGGGCAGGAAGCAGAAGGCCUUGCAGAAGAACCGCAGUGCCGAUUUCAACCCUGACUUCAUUUUCACCGAGAAGGAGGGGGCGUACGAUGGCAGCUGGGCCCUGGCUGAGGUCAUGAGCCAGCUCAAGAGGAAGAGGGCAGCCACUACAUUAGAUGAGAAGAUCGAGAAAGUUCGGAAGAAAAGGAAACUGGAGGAUAAAGAAGCCAAAUCUGGGAAGUUGGAGAAGGAGACAGAAGCCAAGGAGGGCCCUGAGCCAGCGGGGCCGGAGGAGCCAGCGGGGAGAGAUGAGGAAGGGUCGGAAGAUGAGGAGCCAGAGACUGACUACUCGUCCGCAGAGGAGGACAUCCUCACCAAAGCAGAUACACUCAAAGUAAAGGAGAAGAAGAAGAAGAAGAAGAAAGGACAGGAAAUGGGUGGAUUUUUUGAAGAUGCCUCUCAGUAUGAUGAAAGCCUCUCCUUCCAGGACAUGAACCUGUCCCGCCCUCUGCUGAAGGCCAUCUCUGCCAUGGGCUUCAAGCAGCCCACCCCAAUCCAGAAGGCGUGCAUACCCGUGGGUCUGCUGGGAAAGGACAUCUGCGCCUGCGCAGCCACCGGGACAGGUAAGACGGCUGCUUUCGCGCUGCCCGUGUUGGAGCGGCUGAUCUACAAGCCCCGCCAGGCGCCCGUCACCCGGGUGCUGGUGCUGGUUCCCACGCGCGAGCUGGGCAUCCAGGUGCACUCCGUGACCAAGCAGCUGGCGCAGUUCUGCAGCAUCACCACGUGCCUGGCGGUGGGUGGCCUGGACGUGAAGUCUCAGGAAGCGGCUCUUCGGGCGGCGCCCGACAUCCUCAUCGCCACGCCGGGGCGGCUCAUCGAUCACCUCCACAACUGCCCCUCCUUCCACCUGAACAGCAUCGAGGUGCUCAUCCUGGAUGAGGCCGACAGGAUGCUGGACGAGUACUUCGAGGAGCAGAUGAAGGAGAUCAUCCGCAUGUGCUCGCACCACCGGCAGACCAUGCUCUUCUCGGCCACCAUGACGGACGAGGUGAAGGAUCUGGCUUCAGUCUCCUUGAAGAACCCCGUUCGGAUAUUUGUGAACAGCAACACGGAUGUGGCCCCUUUCCUGCGGCAGGAGUUCAUCCGGAUCCGGCCUAACCGGGAAGGGGACCGGGAAGCCAUCGUGGCAGCUCUGCUGACCAGAACCUUCACCGACCACGUGAUGCUGUUCACGCAGACCAAGAAGCAGGCCCACCGCCUGCACAUCCUCCUGGGCCUCCUGGGGCUGCAGGUGGGCGAGCUCCACGGCAACCUGUCCCAGACGCAGCGGCUGGAGGCCCUCCGGCGCUUCAAGGAUGAACAGAUUGACGUCCUGGUGGCCACAGAUGUGGCAGCCCGUGGACUUGACAUCGAAGGGGUCAAAACGGUUGUCAAUUUCACGAUGCCCAACACCAUCAAACAUUACGUCCACCGCGUGGGGCGGACCGCGCGUGCCGGCAGGGCCGGGCGCUCGGUGUCUCUGGUGGGAGAAGAGGAGCGCAAGAUGCUGAAGGAGAUCGUGAAGGCCGCCAAGGCCCCUGUGAAGGCCCGCAUACUGCCCCAGGACGUCAUCCUCAGGUUUCGGGACAAGAUCGAGGCCAUGGAGAAGGACGUGUACGCGGUUCUGCAGCUGGAGGCGGAGGAGAAGGCAAUGCAGCAGUCGGAAGCCCAGAUCAACACAGCAAAACGGCUCCUGGAGAAGGGGAAGGAGGCGCCGGGCCAGGAGCCUGAGAGGAGCUGGUUCCAGACCAAAGAGGAGAGGAAGAAAGAAAAAAUUGCCAAGGCGCUGCAGGAAUUUGACUUGGCCUUGAGAGGAAAGAAGAAAAGGAAGAAGUUUAUGAAGGAUGCCAAGAAGAAGGGGGAGAUGACAGCAGAAGAAAGGUCACAGUUUGAAAUCCUGAAGGCACAGAUGUUUGCCGAGCGCCUGGCCAAGAGGAAUCGCAGAGCCAAGCGGGCCCGGGCCAUGCCUGAGGAAGAGCCCGUGAGAGGCCCUGCCCAGAAGCCGGAGCCGAGGAAGAAGUCUGUGUUUGACGAAGAGCUCACCAACACCAGCAGGAGGGCCCUGAAGCAGUACCGCGCCGGCCCUUCCUUUGAAGAAAGGAAACGGCUGGGCUUGGCCCACCAGAGACGAGGAGGGACCUUCAAGUCUAAAUCCAGGUACAAGAGGAAGUAGCCGUGUGCCUGAAGAACCUCGUGGGGCAGUCGCCCUGGCAUGGUCUGCGUCCCCCAGUGUCCUCAGGACUGGUGUUGUGGCUUAGUGGAUUGGGCCGGCAUCCCAAAUGGGCGCUGCUGGUUCAAGUCCCAGCCGUUCCACUUCUGAUCCAGCUCUGUUAACAUGCCUGGGGGAACAGCAGCAAAUGGCCCCAGCGCUUGGGCCUCUGCACCUACGUGGGAGACCUGCAAAGCUCCUGGCUUCAGCCUGGCCCAGCUCUGGCUGAUGCAGCCACGAGCUCUGUCCUUCUCUCUAUAUAACCCUUUAAAAUAAAUCAGUAAUUUUUUAAGUC